AUGGCUUGUGUUCUCAUACCGUUCCAUCGGGAAAAAGCAAGAGCUGAUAAUUUUUUGAUCACAGCAUCUGUUUCGUUACUGAAUGUUGAAUUACGCAAGAAAAGGUGGUAAGGGACAAGAUAAAGUAUUUUCUUUCUCUCUUUUCUAUUAAAAGUUUAGCCUUCGAAGCUACUUGUCCCACUAGAGUCAGACUUUUUCUUACUUUUCUGAUUCGAAAAUGAUCAAAAGUUAAACUCUGACAAAGCGUACAAUUUCGAAAACAAUAUAAAUUUCACUAUGAUUAAUUGAAUUGAGGAAAAAAUAUGCGUUUUAGAAUUUGGUCGAGUUCGAUUACACUGUUGAAUACCGCGUGAGACUUAAGCAACAGAAACAAAGGGUCUCUCCCCAAACUGAAUAUUGUUUGCCCUUUGAAGUUGCAAGACUCGGUGAAAAACAAAUACUAAGCUAAUUGGUAUUUUUCACGGCAGUGCUGCGAGAGAAAGUUUUUGAUAAAUGUUAAUUAUUGAUAGCGAGGCGGGGGAGGGUUUAGUUUUACUAGUUACCAGUCUUGGCUCAAAGACAUCAUGGCGAACGCCUUGAACAUACGAUGUACUUCUUUGCCUUUUGUCGUAUUCUAAAAUAACAAAAGAUGUAAGUGCAUCUCAGCCCUUGAAUUGUAAAACGUCAACGCUUAUACAAGGAUAGAAUCCGCACUGAACAGAAAUAUGGCUAACUAUGGCAACUUUUUCACAUUAUGCUGACAUUCGUGUUUUGUUCCUUAAUUAGGUAUCCCUCCAAGCUUGCAGUUCUUUGGAAAAAAAGGAAAGAGAAAUACAGUACAAAGGUAGUCAAUUUAGACUUUGGAUCUCUUAUCUUUCUCUCUUAGCUCAUUAAACGUUAUUGAUUUCUUAAUCGUCAGUUUGAGUGAAAGAAAUAUUUCUUGCAAUUACUUUUUCUCUCAGCCGGUAGCAUGGUUUGGAGGUGUUGAAAAUGGUUAUCGUGGUGGUCAUUUUUGGCCUGAGCCUGAUCCAGUAGAUAGUAAACUUACUCUCCUCAAGGUAAAUUUAAAAUAAAGGCAACACGAGUUAGAAAUUUGGGGACAGAUUUCCGUAAAGUGCCGCAGCAUUCGGAAACGAAAUUGUGGUCCGAAAGACCUGCUUUCGUCAUAGUUGUCUUUAUCCAAGAUCUCUUUGCAUAAUGAACAAUGGGGAAGUGCACAAAUCUUGGCCAACUCUUCGAAACCAUAGUUUUCGUAAACACGUUAUACCUAUUUACUGAAGCCUUCCUUGCUUUUUUCUUAGGCUUGCUCCCUCCUUCGAUUCAAUUUGCGUUCAAUUUUAAGAAAUUUUGAAAUAAAAACAGUCCAUCUUUCGUUAGGAAGAAUUUUUUAAGCCACAAGGUUUUUAAUAUCGCUUAACCUCUUGCGUUGGAUUUACUUUGUAGUAUUAUGUUAAUUUAUUAAUGUUAAAUCUAUUAUAACUUUAAUUGGAACAGUUCAAAGUACAACAGCUGAAGAGAAAAAAAAAUUAUGAAAUGCUAUUGAAUCUAUGAAACGUUUGAGGACAGAUAAUUAAAUUUAUAUUGCCAAAACCAUGAUAUGAACUUUAUUUCACAAUAACGCUCCCUAGAGGUUAAAAGACACUGCACAGGCAAAAUUAAUAGGGACCUUAACCAGUUAGGAGAGUGAUGCCAAGGAAGACAAACUGAUUAAAAAAGAAAUCUAUAUUUUGUUUGGAAUUUCCUGUAUGGCAGCAUGAAUGUUUUUACUGUCUCUAACAGUGCCGCAUCUCAACCUCUGCAUAAUGUGUGUGAUUCACAUUGAGUUCCAUAUUGAAAGUGAAAUAAUUUUCUGUCAGUGUUCCUGUACACAGACCACGCCAAAUUUGGUUACUUCACGUUGUUGUUUGGCUAAGGACAGCUUCAACAUAAAAAAAGUUCUAAAUGCUAGUGCUUAGCUAUUGUUCUCCUCAUUUGGUCUUUUGUUUUGCCACAUAUUUGUUUCCAUCAUUCUCAUGAUUUGUUCAAGGUCCCUAAUACUGUUGUUAUCAAGUUUGUUUCUUUGUUUUAAAACAAUAUUUAUUUGUAUUUGUAGAACCCAGAAGAUGAAAUGACAGAAUAUCAAGAAAAGCAGUGGAAUAUUUACAUCUGUAAUGUAAGCUUUUCCCUUUUCAAUUUUACAUGAGUAUGUAGUCGCUCUUUGCCUUUGAUACUAUUUUCACUCCAGGCAGUUUGGAGUAAAUCUGAACACUUUUCAUCUUCCUCUUGCUUCUUUGAAAUCAUUAGGUGUCCCCCAGUGGUUGUCACCAGCUUCUGGCCACUGGCUGUAUUGAUAUCAGCAAUUACAUUACAGAGAUGCCUGGAAAAGUGGAAGUUACUGUCACUCUUAAGCCAGCAAUCAAGAAAGUUGUUUCUGGUAAAAUUGAGUUUGAAUUAUCAUGGAUUAUCCAGGAAGAUGACGGAGUCAUUCAGUGAGUAUUCUUCAAUAAUUUCCAUAGCUAGUUAUUGUAAUGAUCAUCUAGCUUAUGUUUGGCAUUUAUAAGUCAGUUACUAUCAUAAUGUUAUUUUAGAUCCAUGAACUUGAUCAAUAAACUUUCAAAGUGAGAUAUUAUCAUUUUUGCUGCAUAAUCACAAGGGUCAACUAAAAUCUAAAAGUUACUUGCUCAAUGGUUUUUAUUCAUGCAAUUAUUAUUUGUUUUGUCUAAAAGUAAUUGCAUUGUGAAAUUCCAUUAACUCUUUUGCAUUACCUUUACAGUCCCACAGAUGAAGAGAUAUGGGAAGAGAUAAUGCAGGAGGUCAGGGAGGAACAAGCAAGAAGAAAAGCUGAGGGAAAGACAGCCAAGUAUAAAUCUUUGAAAAAAAGAAGGCGCAGGAAACGUGGCUGCUCAAGUAAUACAGACAUUGCAACUGAAGAAGACAAAAAGAAAGAUAAAAGCAAUAAAGUUGGCUGCUCAAGUGGUACAAAAAUUUCUGUUGGGGAAGAUAAAGAAACUAUUGAACAACAAGGUGGCAUCUUCCCAAAUGCUGAAGCUCAGGUGGAUCCCUCAUCUGGCAGCAAUACCAAAGUGGGAUCAGGAAAGGUCGGGAGGCAGUCUCCACCUCAUCAUGCACAUCUUAGCCCUGUUUCACCCCAAACACACCCACCUGCUAGCCAGGGUCUGCCAUUAGAGAGUGAAGAGAAAAAAGAGUUGCAGAGUAAAAGGAACCUUCAUAAAACUGUAAGGUUUCGAAUUGAUGAACAGCCUGAGGUAUUACAUCUUGUUAUACAUGAUGAAGAAGCACUGGACUCCUUGUCAGAAACUGUUUACAGAGAAACAGUUUUCAUAAAGGAAGAUGGAGUCGCAACAAAAGAGAAGUGCAUUCCCAAGAGAGAUGAAAAUUCAUGUAAGUUCUGUUUUGAUUUCCAGCCUCCCAUUCCAAAUGGAAAGGGGCUUAAAUUUGAAUACUUUUCUCCUGUUGGAUCUGAUUUAUUUUCAAUCAAACAGUUUUAUUGUAAGACUCCUUGGAAUUACAACUAUUUUUGUUGAUUAUUGAUGUUAACUUUUUUGCUCAGCCUUAAGUGGAAGCCAGCUUCACUCAGAGUUGGCCAGUUAUGUUGAAGAGGAACUGAAGCUUGUUCAAGAUGAAUUAUUAUCUUUGGAAGAAGUCCGCUCAAAAGUAAAACUUGAAAUGCAGAGAGCUAUGUCAUCAGGUGGGUGAUCCAUUUCCAAAAUGAUAAAGUGAAAUACCUUGGAAUUUCAAAAAAACUUAUGUUAAGUUCUUUUCCCCACUAAUGAGUUAUAAAUCUUUAACUCCAGGAUCUUAUUGGUAAUUCUCUUUACUGUCUGCAGUACAAUUUGAUAUUAGAUCAGUAAAUUUGGUAUUGAAUGGACUAAUGCUAUUGUUUUGAUAUUAUAAGGAUAAAUUCUGUCUAGAUCAUUCUCAGGAGUGAAAGCAUUAAAAAUAUUAAAAAACAGCUAAUCCCCAAACUAGAGAUACUGCAAGUUUCUACACUUAUUUCAGGUGUUAUAAGCCAUGCUUAACUUACACAGCUUAUACAAUGUAUUUGUUUACUUUUUGUCUGUAGACCACAAAGAAGAGUUUGAAAGCUUAAACCAAGGCUGGCUUAUAUUGGAUAGCUUCCAUUCCAAAGUGUUGAAAAGAAAAGAAGAUCUUCUUGCCCUGUAAGUAAUAAAGACUUAUUUUAGAAACAAAAUAAACAUGUCCAUUAUGACCUAAAAUGUAGUCUUACAUUGUAAUCCAUGAUCCAAAAACUCUGCACAGGUGCCUUUAUAUGUUUACCAAUUGCCUUUGAUAUGGAUAACUGAUCUAUCUAUCAUAUAUUGCUUAAUUAGUUCCUCUGGAUUCAUUUUUGUUAUUGUUAAUAAUAAAAAAUGUUAGCAAUGGAAUGACUAAUGUUUGAUUUACAGAUCAAGAAGUUCCACUGUUUGUCCUUGUAAUUGAUUUGGGUUUUUCAGAGACUGUAGUGGUUCUGCUUAACUAAAGGUUGUAUUUAGCUUGAGGCAGAUUUGCUUGAUUUUCUGUUUUCCUUUCACCCAUAUAGUGACAAAGGAAAAAACAUUGCAAAUUGUCUUAACUUGCUGUGUUCAGAUUUGAGACGCCUUUCAGAAGUGGAAGGUAAGUAUUCAGUUGUUUCUCCUCCUUUUUCUCAGUUUAGUGUUAUUGGGACUGGUUUAGUGAGCCUUGAUUCUUAACCCUUUACACCCUAACAUCAUCCUGUAUAUAUAUAAAUACUCCAAAGUGUUGUCUUUACAUUUCCUAAGGUGCUGACAAGUGAGUUUGUUUAACAACCUUGAGUUUCUUUACAUAGUGAUCAUUUCCUUUAUCCUUGUGAUAUUUUCAAGAGAAAUUAGUUGCUAUUCUCUCUUCAGGGCCAAAGGUAUAAGCCAAAAUUUAGAUGAAGGAAACAAUUUUUUGUAUUUUGAUUUUAGGGUGGAGGAAAACAGAUGAGAACAAAGCUCAUGAAAAAAGAGUUGCUGGACUCAUUGCUGCAAUUCCCCAGCGGAGCCUUCAUGCCUAA